GCAGCCGGUGCCGGUGUCAGCCCGGGAUCGCGGGGCCGGUCCCCGGGCGGCGGCGGCAGCAGGCGGCGCUGCGCCCCUUCGCGCCGGCAGCGGCUCCGCCGGGCCCCGCUCGGCUCCGCGCCCGCCGCCCCCGCCCAGCCCCGCGCUGCCGCCGCCGCCCGGCGAUGCCCGCGGCCCCCGGCGGCUGCGGCCCGCGGAGGCGGCGCUGACCCGGCGGAGCGGAGCGGCCCCCGGCCAUGGGCAGCGUCGGUCCCCGGCCGCACCGAGGCCACCGGCAGAUGUGCUGAUGUCUGCUUCUUGCUAAGACCUGACCCACCUGAGGUUGGCAGAUGCACAAAUGUGAGCGUGAAUCCCCAGUAAAAGAAUGAGUGAGAGAGAUAUACACAGCCUGAGCAAAUGGGUUUUCGUGCUCAGUCUCUGCCUUACCACGCUGUGGGGACGACUGACGCUGGCCUCCACACAUCACCACAGAAGCCAUUCAGUGCACGUAGAGCCCGGCACAUGUGAAGUCAUCGCAGCUCACCGGUGCUGCAAUAGGAACAAGAUUGAAGAGCGCUCCCAGACGGUGAAAUGCUCCUGUUUCCCAGGGCAGGUGGCAGGGACAACACGGGCAGCUCCCUCCUGCGUGGAUGCCUCCAUCGUGCUGCAGAAGUGGUGGUGCCAGAUGGAGCCGUGUCUUGACGGGGAGGAAUGCAAAGUGCUGCCUGACCUCUCGGGAUGGAGCUGCAGCAGUGGCAACAAAGUGAAGACGACCAAGGUCACUCGAUAGCGGCACUGCACUGGCUGACCAGCCUUGGCGUGGGUCCUGGUGCUCCUGUGAGCAGCAGGAUGUGGCCCAGUGCCUGCACAGGUGGGAUGCUCCAGGGUUGCCACCCUGCACCUGUCCAUGGGACUGUGACAGCUACUGGAUCAGAGCAUCCACUGAGCUCCAGCUUGGCUAGAGGCUGCAGGCAGGGACCCCAGGACAGCUGCCAGAAUCCCAUCCCUCCAUGGUUUCCUCCUUUUCUGUGGACACAUUCACCAACCAAGAAAUGGACUCGUUUUUCAGUCCUCCUAAAUAAAAUACUACCACUGUCUCAGAACUGUUGACAGUACAAAUGCAGACAGGCAGCAGGCCCCCCAAACAGACUUUAAUAUCUGAAUAGCUCGAAUAGCUGAAAUCAUUGCUGUGAGUUGCCUUUCCCUAUCUCCCAAGAUGCUGAAUCCAAGUUGCAGUCAGGAACUGGGAAGUCAAUGGUUAUGUGAAACUCUUCCCCAUGUGGCUCCUGCCUUCUGGCCCUGGGGUUCCUAGGAGCGGCUGCUGAACUCCAGCCUGGUCCUGAGUCACUGGGGGCUGCUCUGCCCUCGGAGCACUGGGCUCUCCCUGGCCCACUGCCUUCCUGCCAUGACCACAUGUGGUAGAUGUGGCAGAGGGUGUCUGGCACUCUUGGCCCCCAGGGAUGGUGAGAUGUCUCCAUGGUGCAUGCUGCUGGUUUCUCCUUCCUCAGUAAUUGCAUUAAUCAGGUUACAAAUUUAAAGUUUUCCACCAUGCAAGUCCCAGGCACUGAGUUUCUGCUUGUGUUUGCAAUUGAAUUUCAGAAUUGUGUGAGGGGAUCUCUCUGUCUGUGGCUCUGGAGUGUCUGAGGCAUGCAGAUGCCCGGACAGGGGCUCAGACCGAGCCAGGUUUCGUUGCAGUAAUCCAAAAUAAAGAAGAAUGUACCACCUCCUGGCCCUGAGCUCAUGACCUUCUCCAGGACACACCGUUUCCUGUGAUGCAGCAACCCACGGUCAGGGAGAAUGUGAGCUCUGUGCCCCCUUGGGACCCUGGGGCUGUCGGAACAACACCUGCAGGGGAUGUGCAGGAGGAGCUGGAGAUGCUGUGGGGGCCAUAGCAGUGAAGGGUCACUGGUGUGUUCACUGCUCUCUGCCUCCUGCCCUGGUUUCCACCACAGGAUUCAUUAUGGAGACAUUUUGUAAUGGGGUAUGUAAUAUCCUCUCCAGAUGUGAUGUAAAUACCAGACUGUGAAAUAAUAAAUUCAUUUUAAUCUCUGCAAAAAAUCUUUUCACUCAGAAGCAAAGGGAGGCCUUGGGAGUGCUUCUCAUGCUGCUGAACCCGAGGUGAAAGGGCUGAGGACUCUGCUCUGGCCAUUCCAAUCCCAGCCAGCUUGUGGAAUGGUGGCUCUGGAGGAGAGCUGAAAGCCUGUUGUGGCCAGCCCAUUAGUUCAUAGUGAUCCUAAAGAUAAGUGCAUUAAUUUCUACAGGAUGCUUUGCUGAGAGCUUUUCUUGUCCUGUCCCUCCACCUCUGUGUGGCAGCCCCCACUCCUGCAGUGCCAUGUCCCCACAGACACCACCCCAACCCAAGGCCAGGCUUGUAAGG